UUGGCAUCAUAGUAUAGUUCUAUGAACAGGGAAUACCUAGUCCAACCUGAAGUUCAAGAGCGACUUCUUGGAGGAGGUGACCCUGGGUCUGAGUCAUGGUGAGAAUUUAUCAAGCCUUCAAAAGAGCAGAUAAAUAAUCCACAAGGACCCCGGAUCAGAGAGUGCUCUGAGCUGGGUUGCCCCACUGUGCUUGUAUCUGCACUCUCCAACACUAGGCAUCAUUGACAUAUUAAAGCUUAGCCAAAUAAAAUUGUUCUUUGUCAUUCUGUUUUCAACUUUUACUUAUUCAUUAGGAUGAUUUCAUAAUCCAUUUCCUGGUUUAGAGGAAACAGGAACAAUGGCUACUGAGAGUACUCCCUCAGAGAUCAUAGAAAGAGAACGAAAAAAGUUGCUUGAAAUCCUCCAACAUGAUCCUGAUUCUAUCUUAGACACGUUAACUUCUCGGAGGCUGAUUUCCGAGGAAGAGUAUGAGACUCUGGAGAAUGUUACAGAUCUCCUGAAGAAGAGUCGGAAGCUGUUAAUUUUGGUACAGAAAAAGGGAGAGGCGACCUGUCAGCAUUUUCUCAAGUGUUUAUUUAGUACUUUUCCACAGUCCGCUGCCAUUUGCGGCUUAAGGCACGAACUUUUAAAAUAUGAGAAUAUAGUACCUCCUCAAUCUAUGGAGGCAAGCAAGAAUUCAGAAGAUGCUUUUUCUCCUGGAAUAAAAGAGCCUGAGACCCCUGAGAUCACAGUGUUCUUCAGUGAGAAGGAACACUUGGAUUUGGAAACCUCUGAGUUUUUCAGGGACAAGAAAACUAGUCAUAGGGAAACAGUUUUGUCUGCCAGGAAGAAUGAGAAGGAAUAUGACACGCCAGAAGUCACAUUAUCAUAUUCAGUUGAGAAAGUUGGAUAUGAAGUUCCAGCAACUAUUACAUAUAUAAAGGAUGGACAGAGAUAUGAGGAACUAGAUGAUUCUUUAUACUUAGGAAAAGAGGAAUAUCUAGGAUCUGUUGACUUCCCUGAAGAUGGAGAAGCCACUGUGGAAGAGGAGGUUUAUGAUGACCCAGAGCACGUUGGAUAUGAUGAAGAGGACUUUGAGAAUUCAGAAACCACAGAGUUCUCCGGUGAAGAACCAAGUUAUGAGGAAUCAGAAACCAACCUUUCAUUGGAGGAGGAACAGGAGAAAAGUAUAGAAGAAAGAAAAAAGGCGUUUAAAGACAUCCUGUUAUGUUUGAACAUGGAUAGAAGCAGAAAGGUUCUGCCAGAUUUUGUUACACAAUUCUCCUUAGUUCGAGGAUGUAAGUGGACCCCGGAGAGUGCAGCAGACUUAGCCUGGAAUUUCCUGAUGAAAGUUCAGGCACUAGAUGUGACGGCUAGGGAUUCAAUCCUCAGGCACAAGGUUCUGGAUGAAGAUAGCAAGGAGGAUUUGCUGCCUGGAGUGGAGAAUUUGGAAAUUCGAGACAUACAAACCAUUAAUCCCCUUGAUGUCCUUUGUGCCGCCAUGCUGUGUUCAGAUAGCUCUUUGCAACGCCAAGUCAUGUCAAACAUGUAUCAGUGCCAGUUUGCUCUUCCCCUGCUACUGCCAGAUGCAGAAAACAACAAAAGUAUCUUAAUGCUGGGGGCCAUGAAGGACAUUGUGAAGAAGCAGUCCACACAGUUUUCAGGAGGGCCUACAGGGGAGACAGAAAAGUUUCUGACUCUCAUGAAGAUGCCUGUCAUCUCUUUUGUACGUCUAAGAUACUGUAGCUUCUCUAAGUCCAGAAUCCUCAACACACUUCUCAGCCCUGCCCAGUUGAAAUCACACAAAAUCUUUCUUCAUCAAGAUUUGCCUCUUUUGGUGCUUCCCCGGCAAAUCUCUGAUGGCCUGGUUGAGAUAACGUGGUGUUUUCCUGAUAACGAUGAUAGAAAGGAAAACCCCUGUUUUUUCCAAAAGCCUGUUGCUCUGGCUAAUCUCCGUGGAAAUCUAGAAAGCUUUUGGACUCAGUUUGGUUUUUUGAUGGAAGUUUCUUCAGCUGUGUUUUUUUUCACUGACUGUCUAGGUGAGAAGGAAUGGGACUUGCUAAUGUUUUUAGGAGAAGCUGCCAUUGAAAGAUGCUACUUUGUUCUCAGUCCCCAAGCCAGGGAGAGUGAAGAGGCUCAAAUUUUUCAGAGGAUGCUGAACUUGAAGCCAGCACAGCUACUGUUUUGGGAAGGGGGAGAUGCUGGGGACAGAAGGAAGAACAUGGAGGGCCUUCAAGCUGCCCUCCAGGAAGUGAUGUUCUCUUCUUCCCUCAGAUGUGUGUCUGUGGAGGAUAUGGCCGCCCUGGCCAGGGAGCUGGGGAUUCAGGUAGAUGAAGACUUUGAAAACACUCAGAGAAUUCAAGUUCCCUCAGGAGAAGACAUUGCUGGAACAGCUGAAGAUGAGGGUCAGCAAAGAUGCAGUCAGCUAAAAAGCUCAUCUAAAAGCCAAGCUCUAAUGCCAAUACAAGAGCCUGGAACUCAAUGUGAGCUCAGCCAGAAUCUUCAGAAUCUCUAUGGUACCCCAAUAUUCGGGCCUCUUCUAGAGAACUCCUGGCCCUUUCCAACCAGAGUUGGAGGUAACUUUAACCAUGUUUCCUUGAAAGCCCCCUGGGUUAUGGGCCACCCCUUUGGGUCAGAGCAGAGACCUAAGUGGUUCUGUCCUUUGCCCUUUCAGAAUGCAAGGGCCCGGGGCCGAGGUAAAAGUUUUGGUAUUCAAUCCUUCCAUCCCCAGGUAUUUUAUUCAGGUGAAAGAUUCUUGAAAUUUUCCAGAGUUGCUCGGGGAGGUCACUUGAAUGGAACAUUUGGGAGACCGCCAAGACCCAUUUGUCAGCAUGUACAGGCCUGCCCUGAGAGACCACAAACGAUGGGAACUCUUGAAAGGUCUGGGACACUAGUCUCCCAGGUAGGUCACUCCUAUUCCCUGGGUUCACAGCCAGCAAGAGCAGUAAGGAAGCCAUGGCCUCAGCAAGCUUGUACUAGGGGAACAGAAUUAACUGAAGCAACUGGAAAACUGAUAAGAACAUCCCAUAUUGGAAAGCCUCAUCCUCAGUCCUUUCAACCAGCAGGAGCCACACAAAAACUAAGACCUGCUUCUCAGCAAGGAGCCCAGAUGAAGAUGCAGGUUAGGGCUUCAAAUCCAGCUCUCCAAAUAGGGUCCUAUCCCAUAUCCAAGAGCUCUCAGUUCAAAUCCGAUCAGUCCAACGCAUCCACAGUCAAACACUCCCAGCCUAAACCCUUCCAUUCUGUGCCCUCUCAACCUACACUUUCUCAGAAAAAAUCCUGUCAGUCCCAGCCCUCCCAAACUAAACCUUCUCCAUGCAAGCCCACUCAACCUAAGCCAAGCCAGCCCCAGCCUCCCAAGUCUAAGCCUUCUCAGCCCAGACCCACUCAACCUAAGUCAUCUUCAACCAAUCCUUCACAAGCUAAGGCACACCACUCAAAAGCAGGGCCAAAGAGGGGAGGGAAGCAUUAAAGAACUAAGUCCAUCUUCAUUACAGCUGAGUCAAGGAAAAAUAGGAUUGGACUAUUUCUUGAGUAAGUCAUCCUGUUUGACCAAAUAUUGUAUAAUAAACUUGAAAUUAUUAAAAAAAAAAAAAAAAAAGAACUAAGUCCAGAGAUCUAUAAAGCAUAUCCUUUACCCAGGCCAUCCCAAUCAUAUAGUAAGCAGAAGAGUUGCCAUGAAGGUGAAAGACUACUGUCACUAGCAUGUAAAACAAAGAAAGAUAUACAUGACCGAAUUGGAUAUCUUUUUGUUUGUUUGUUUGUUUGUUUGAGACAGAGUUUUGCUCUUGUUGCCCAGGCUGGAGUGUAAUGGCACGAUCUCGGCUCACUGCAACCUCCGCCUCCCAGGUUAAAGAGAUUCUCCUGCCUCAGCCUCUCGAGUAGCUGGGAUUACAGGCAUGAACCACCACACCCAGCUAAUUUUGUAUUUUUGGUAGAGGCAAGGUUUCUCCAUGUUGGUCAGGCUGGUUUUGAACUCCCGACCUCAGGUGAUCCACCCACCUAGGCCUCUCAAAGUGUUGGGAUUACAGGUGUGAGUCACCGCUCCCAGCCUGAAUUGGGUAUCUUUAAGAUAUCUGUGAGAGUUGUAUUCAUAACCAAGAAGAAAAAUAUGAAAAUAAGACUGGAAUCAAGCAGUAGAUAAUUGAAUCCAAUCUUGAGUAUUAUUAGAUAAUGUAUAGCUUGCACCCAGGGAAUGGGGGUCUAUGAGACAGCCCCACUUGGAGAAGAAUGGGGUUAGGGUCUCUAAUUGCAAAGUAACUGUGAAAUAGGACGAAAGUUGCCUCUGUGUCUGAAAAAGUGUCUUAGUUGUUGGCUGCUCCAGAAAUGUCUUUGUCAAAAGUUUCUGGUUCAAUAUCAGCCAGUGAGCAGAUAACCCUGCUUAUUUGGUGUGGUUAAAUCAACUAGCUUCUGCUAAUAGCCCCAAUUUGCUUGAAUGGUAAAACUCUCUCAUUUAACCCUUAUAGGUAGAAAUAAUGAAUUAACAGCCAAUAAAAUUAAUUAUUUGGCAUUAA